AAAUUUACUUCAACUGUAUAAAUAUAUGGAUACCCACAGACCCCUCCAUGCAGUCUGUAUUUAGAUAUUAAUUAAUAUCGACUAACACAGCGACUGCAACACUACGUACCAGCUUCUCCUUUUCUCUCUUGUCUUUUUUUUUUUAAAUUUUUCUCUCAGCCAUCACGCUUCCUCGUCUUUUCUAUCGUCUCCCUGCAGCAGAUCGCCCGUGUUCUCGAGAACCUCUCCCUCUCUUUCUGAGGCGUUCCGCUGCUUCUGUCUGACUGGAGCCUGACAUGGUCCAGACAAGAGAUGAGGAGCGCGCGGAAUACUUGGCAAAGGCGACUUUGGGGCUGCUAGAUGCUGGUCGUCCAGAAGUAGGUUUUUCUUUCUUUUUGACUGACAUUGCUUCCACUUCUUCAGUUCCUUUAAUUCUCUUUUGACGUAUUCUGAACUGUUACCUUCUCUACCUCUACAGGAAGCAUCCCGCAGUCUCCGAGAAGCCCUCUCUCUAGCACCAGAAAAUGUCCAUGUCAAGGAGGCCUUUCUCAAGCUUCAACAAGACGAGAAGGACGGUCAUCAGCUGUUAGAUCUUUGUCGACGGUAUAUCACCGAGAAGAAUGAGGAUGCUGGGGAAGAGGCUGUUCGUUACCUGCGCACGGAUGGGCUGAAACCCCCCGAAGAUAUUGCGUUGGGUUGCCUGAAACUUCUGCUGGCAGAGAAACCGCAUACAUUGUCACCGGUACAGGAUGUUAUCAUUUCGGGGCUGGUCCGACAAAAUGCCAGCGUGCGACAAUUUUUCGCAACUCGACUACAAGACUCCGUGACUGCUUUCUUUGAUGAGAUUUACGAUAGAGGAGAUGGGGCUGCUGUGUGUCUUGACAUGAUUGUUCUGGAUCCAAAGCUAUGGCCCUCCGAGGAUGCCCGUUCACAUUGUGAGCGUGAGCUUUUCCUGCUGUUCAUCGCAAAGCUAAUGGAAUCCGGCCAUGACCUAGACGGUAGGUCCCUCAAGGGAAUCACGCGGCUGCUUGCUGUGGACGCGGCCAAUCUACAGCACCUCGUCGAUGACGAAGGUUUGGAUGUUAUUCUUUCCUCUUCAGACAACCGGAUUUCCUUGGAAUUGAGGAGCCAGGCCACAUUGGCCAUGGCUAGGUACCUCGAAGCUUCAAAGAAGAUCGGUGAGGAGCGUUUUGCUAAGCUCAUCUCCGCUAAAAUAGCGAAAGGUCACAGUGACGAUUUGAUUGCUGCGUAUUCCGCAGUUGCUGCUGUCUUCCCCAUCAUUCCAAACGUCAUGGCCAGUCUCUUCUUGUCCAAGGAAUUUGUAAAGUCUCUCCUCACGUCGGUCUCCAGAGGCGUUAAGAGCCGGAGCGUGGAGCUCUCGGAACUCGAAUUGUUGAAUGCUGCGUGUAUUGAUCGAAACUGUCGCGAGGCGAUUUCCAAGAACUUCUCUGACUGGUUGUCGCACCUAUUGAGCAAUGGCACUGAUCAGACUUCUGAAUUGGCUGCCGUGAUUCUAGCAAAGAUCAGAUCAUCCGAGAAGGACGCGCUUUCUGGAUCGAACGGUAAGGUCCAGGAGGCAGACAGCAGUAUCCCGGAGUUAGUGGAUCGAUUCAAGGGACUGAUGUCUAAGCAAAAGGUCGAUAACAUCCAAAACGCCAUCGAAGGGUUGGCUUAUUCGUCCGUGAAGCCGACAGCAAAAGAGCAGCUUGCCGGGGACUCUGCGUUUCUGCGAGACCUAUUCGAACUUCUACAGGCAAAUUCAGAAGACUCAUCGGUGCUUUAUGGCGGGUUAAUGGUCAUCCUGAACCUCACCAGUUUUCUUCCCAAACUCUCCGAAGAACAGAAGAAGAUUUCCCAGCUCAAAUCAUACGCCAAUGCUUCCGCUUCAGAAGCCAAGGCGGGCCCAGAUCCUCUUGAUGAUGACGAACAUGUCACUGCACGCUGCGCCGCUAUCGUCAAUGCUGGGAUUAUGCCUCUUCUGGUUGACUGCGGCAAGUGCAGUCUACCAUCCGUACAUGGUCUCAUCAGUAAGAUAUUGGUUUCCCUUGCCGCAGACCGGAAGAAUAGAGGUAAACUGGCUCAGCAGGGAGCCGUGAAGCUCUUGAUAAGCAUCGGGACGCCAAAGCCUGGUAGCACAGGUCUUGACGAAACAGUGCAUCACGCAUCCCACGCUCUUGCCCGUAUUCUAAUUUCGGUUAAUCCGUCUCUCGUCUUCCCAUCGUCGGGCGUCCCUCAAAUAACCUCUGCGAUUCGACCUCUGGUCUCUCUUCUAUCUCCCCCGGAGCAAGCGCCAAUUUCUGUUGAUCAACCGCGCGAUCUUCUACCUAUGUUCGAGAGCCUUCUCGCACUUACUAACCUUGCUUCUUCUCCGGACAUAUCAGCCCCGGAAAGCAUAGUCCGACAGGCUUGGACAGUUGUGGAGGAUCUCCUGCUUUCGAACAAUACACUUAUCCAGAGGGCGGCAUGCGAGCUGGUCUGCAACCUGAUGACUUGCGAAUCGGGGAUAGUCAAGUUUGCAGACGGUACCAAGAGGGCUGCGCAGCGCCUUCAAAUACUCCUGGCUCUCACCGAUGCAGAGGAUAUUGCGACGCGAAGAGCCGCUGGGGGAGCUCUCGCUAUGCUCACGGAAUACGAUGCAGUGAUAACGGCUAUCUUGGAUCGACCCGCCGAGAUGAGCGCACAGGAUUAUCUCCACCAGCUAGAUGAUGAUUCGAAGGCGAGAGGACCUCGCUCCUUGAACCUGCUUCUUCGUCUCUGCCAGGAGGAAGACGGAGCGCUGGCACACCGAGGCGUCGUGUGCAUUCAAAACCUGGCCAACGCGUCUGGGGAUACAGGCGCGUUUGCCCGGGAAGUGCUGAAGGCUUCCGAUACAGUCCAGAUUCUGACGGAGCUAUUCAAGAGAGAACAGCAAAGUGGGAACAUGGCUGCUCUCCAGGUGGCAGUUGAAACCCUGAAAGUGUUGGUCGAUUGAACGGGGAGAAGUUGAGGAGGUUGCGCGAACUUUUAUUUUGCUCUCCUCUCCAGCCAUUUCAAGUCUUUUCCAUCCAUGAAUUUAUUUUUUCUCGGAGAUUAUUCAUGGCGUUUUUUUUGGUAGUCACGCCUGCUGCUUUUGCCUAUCUAAUUCCUUCCAGCGUACGUCUCGGCUCGGUUCGGCGCAAGAGCUUGUUUUCUAAAGCCUUUCUUUUUAUUCGUUGUCUUCGCUAGAUUGCUAUGCGUGUACUUCAACAUUUAUCUCUAGAGACGGGAUGAUCUUGAACGUUACGUGCUUUCAUAGAAGUGUAUGAAUGGCAACAUAUAAAGC